AUGUAUGGCUCUUUUACACAGGGUUCUCUUGUGAGCGGUACUUCCUGCUGCAAGUCUCUUCAUUUCUCAAUCGUUUACGACCCUCAGCCUCAAAUCCUUAACCCGAAGCCAAGACUCAGUUCCUUGAUUUCCCGGUGCCUGCGGGCUUUACAGCGUUCGAUGUUCACUGCGGGUUCUUCGCCAGGUUACUACAUGCUCUAUGCCCGCGUCUACCGUGCCCAGCAGCGUGCACUCGAGGAAGAUUUCAUGAUGACUACGCUGGUGACGAUCUCGGCUUCCUUGGGAAACCUUCUGAUCAAUCAGAUCGUCUGGUCCUGCGCCAUGGAUGUUGGCUACAGACUGAAGGCCGACAGAGAUGCAUAUGUCUUUCGAUGGUACACGCUCAUCACCUUGAUCAACACUCUCUUCAAUUUUGGGGUCAUCACGGCCACAUUCAGCAAGAAGCCGGACGACGCCUUGCAGCGAGUGCUCUACGAGGCAGCACUGGGAAACCAGAUGCUCGUGUUCGUCCGCGGCUCCUUGGUGAGCUAUGCAAUUUUUCCCGUGUUCUAUGGAUUGCUUUGGUUGAAGGGCCGCGUGAUGCUGCUCUGGGAGUAUCUGAGUUCUACCAGCAGAGAAUGGGCAAAGCUACGAUUCAAAGCUGAGCAGGCUUUCGAACCGCCAGAGUGGUGGCUGCAAUACGACUACGCCGCCAUCGUCGUGAUGAUGACAACCUCCUGCUUCUGCCUUUUCAUCCACGGCUCAGCGGCCGUCUGGGUCUUCACACUGGAUGUGGCAUGGGCUUUGGCGAUGGUUUUCAUCAACCAGUAUGUUUACUUGGCACUCAGCCGCGAGACGUACUUCUCAACAGACAGGUUGGAUGCCGUUGCGUCCCGUGCACAAGGGGUGCCAAUCGCUAUGCUUGGCGUUUGCAUUCUGCACUGGGCGCAACGUGCUGGAGACCCUCACGUUUUCCGCUUCUGCGUCUUCCUCGUGAUAGUUGGCUCCGUGAUUUUCACGGUUUCCUUGGAGAGGGAGACGAGGGUCUGCGAAAGAGAAAAUAGCCGCGACCAUGUCUGGUACGAAGGGAGGACCUACCAGGAGGCUGAGAGGGCGAUUGCCUUCAACUGGUGGAACGUGAACCCAGUCUAUUGUUUGCGUCAUAAGUAUGGGCUGCUGGAG